AAACCACAACGCGAUGGCGUUCGUUUCCGAUUCACCUCGUCUGACACGGCUCAUCCCUUCCUUCACGAAUGUUGUGCUCGUUGCAAUCCUACUACGGAUUGUUCUCAUUCUGUACAGCGAAUGGCACGACGCACGUUCCGUAGUCAAAUACACCGACGUCGAUUAUCGCGUCUUUAGCGAUGCGGCUCACUUUGUCUUGCAUCCAUCAACCGGUAAUCGUGCUCAAGGACCAUUGGGGAGGUUGUUGGACAUCGGAGAUCCAUAUACGAGGGCGACAUAUCGUUAUACGCCAUUGCUUGCCCUUCUGCUGAUACCCAACGAGCUACUCCAUCCGUCCUUUGGAAAGUGCUUGUUUGCGGCAUGCGACAUCUUAGCGGGCCUGCUACUGCACAGACUCCUGACGUCCGUCAUUCUCGUGCCACGACAAAUGAAGCAAUGCUCUCCCAAGCCCGAUCAAGGUAUAUCACUGACGGACGGAGGCCUCACGGAGAGGAAUGGUGUAAUAAAAGAAGACAAACUGUCUCUGGAACGAUAUGCGACUUUACUGGUCUCCAUCCAUUUGCUCAACCCGCUUGUCUUCACCAUCUCCACACGGGGCUCCUCCGAGGCCGUUCUGUCGCUCUUCGUCCUGAGUACACUCUAUUGCGCAUUAAGAGGAAGAUGGAACACAUGCGCUAUCCUGCUAGGCUUAAGCACGCAUUGGAAGAUCUAUCCGUUCAUCUAUGGCGUUGCGUGUCUUUACGUCAUCGGCAGCGAAGCUGGGACAGGGAAGGGCUGGAAUGCAUAUUGGAGGAGCAUUAUCAAUUUGAAGACAAUGAAGUUUUGCGUUCUGAGUCUGACGACGUUCCUUACUUUGGGCGCGGCCGUGUAUGCAAUAUGGGGAUACCCUUUCUUAUACGAAUCCUAUCUAUAUCAUCUGCACCGACUAGAUCAUCGGCACAACUUCUCGCCUUAUUUCUACCUGAUCUACCUCACCUAUCCAUCACCCUCCUCAUCUGCUGGUAUCGCUGACAUGACGCUCUGGAGGAAGCUUUUGAGAUCUCCCCUUACGAGCUUCGUACCGCAAAUGAUCCUCUCGUUAGGAACCGGGCUGUUGUUCGGGCGUCGUAAAGAUGACCUUGCGUUCGCGUGGUUUUUGCAGACUGUGAUGUUUGUCGUGUUUAACAAAGUUUGCACGUCGCAAUACUUUUUGUGGUACAUUCUCUUUUUGCCGCUGGUCGUUCCCCGCGUGCGCAUGUCUCUGAGACAGGCUGUGCUCCUUCUAGCGGUAUGGGCAGGGACGCAAGCAUUAUGGCUUAGCGAGGCUUACAGAUUGGAGUUCCUGGGCGAGGACGUGUUCCGUGGGCUGUGGACGAGGAGUUUGAUAUACGUCGUAGGCCAUUGUUGGGUCCUGACAGAGCUGAUGAAAUAUUACAUAAGGUGA